AACCCUUCUCAUUUUUACUAUCCUCUUUCCGCAGUGGUAUCGACGGCGGGGGUUCGGAUUCGUGGUCUCGAUUCUCUCUCCCCGCUUGCGAACUGUGAGCCCCGUCUUUCUCGUGACCGCUGGAGUGAUUUUCUCUGGACGAAACGAGUGAAAGUGUUUACCCGGUCCGAGUUGAGUUCCGGGAACGAUCGAUGAUAAGGUUGUCUCCCGUGGGCACUGCUUCGCCAUCUCGUCCCUUUCCUCCACCGCGUUCUUGCCUUCUUGGAACCGUGCAUGCGUUUACCUCUAUCGUUCCGUGACGUCCAUCAAAUCAAUUGGCCAUUUUGAUGGACUCCUGGCGAGGUGCGUGACACGGGCCGCCCUAGCUCUGUGGUUGUUGGGCGGAUAGAGUUGCGUGUAUCUCUCCCUCAUCGCAUUUACUCUGCAGCCUGCACACCUGCACGCAGACGGUGUGCGCGUGUGGAGGACGACGACGUCGGCUCGUCUCUGUCGUAUGCGGUGAAUGGAGACGUUGUCUUGUUGCUUUCGCUCUUUUCGCCUCUGCCGUGUGGGAGUCGAGUUUUCGGGUUCGUGUCGUGCGUUCUCGGAUCCGAGAUUAGUGACAACGAGGCCUGUCUUUGCCGUUCCAGUACGCGCAAUUGGAAUCGGAGCGGCGCAGAAUGUUGACCAAGGUGGUAGACCUCCGGUCGGACACGGUCACCAAGCCCUCCGAGGCUAUGCGGGCCGCCAUGGCCGCCGCCGUCGUCGACGACGACGUCCUGGGCGCGGACCCAACCGCGCAGCGCUUCGAGACGGAGAUGGCCGCGCUCAUGGGCAAGGAGGCCGCGCUGUUCGUGCCGUCGGGCACCAUGGCCAAUCUCGUCUCCGUCCUCGUGCACUGCGACGUCAGGGGCAGCGAGGUCAUCCUCGGCGAUAACUCGCACAUCCACGUCUACGAGAACGGCGGCAUCUCCACCAUCGGCGGCGUCCACCCCAAGACCGUUAGGAACAACCCCGACGGCACCAUGGACGUUGACAAGAUCGUUGCUGCCAUUAGGCAUCGGGACGGGGCGCUGUAUUACCCGACCACAAGGCUGAUCUGCUUGGAAAACACGCAUGCAAAUUGCGGUGGAAAAUGUUUGUCUGUAGAAUACACUGACGAGGUUGGCGAAAUUGCCAAGAGUCAUGGCUUGAAGCUUCAUAUUGAUGGAGCUCGCAUUUUUAACGCUUCUGUGGCACUUGGAGUUCCUGUGCAUAGACUUGUGAAAGCUGCUGAUUCAGUUUCGGUAUGCCUAUCUAAAGGGUUAGGCGCCCCCAUUGGAUCAGUUAUUGUUGGUACGAAGGCCUUCAUUGACAAGGCUAAAAUUUUUAGGAAGACCCUAGGUGGUGGAAUGAGGCAGGUCGGAAUUGUUUGUGCUGCUGCCUAUGUUGCGGUUCGCGAUAAUGUGGGAAAGCUUGCGGACGACCACAGAAAGGCAAAAGCUUUGGCAGAGGGACUGAAGAAAAUUAAACAGUUUACAGUGGAUCCAGCUUCAAUCGAGACCAAUAUGGUAUUCUUUGAUAUCGUGGAUCCGCGCAUAUCACCUGACGAGCUAUGCCAAUUCCUGGAACAGCGCAAUGUGCUGGCAAUGCCAGCCAGUUCAAAAAGUGUCAGGUUUGUCCUCCAUUACCAAAUUUCAGAUAGCGAUGUCCAAUAUGCAUUGACAUAUGUUGAGAAAGCUGUGGAAGAACUACUGAAGGGCGGUCCUAAAUUCGAGCAUCUGACGAAUGGUGCCACCAAAAACUCAUAUGGGCACUAGUUCACUUCCUUUCGACCACCCUGAUGCAUCAACUCGAUGCCCUGCUUGUUUGUGAUCGACGCUACCGCUAUUGUAGCCACGCCUUUGCUGAAUAAUCGUUGCUGUUCA